AUGAAAAAAUCAGUUAUGCCAGUAACUUUUGAUUACUACUUUGAUUACAACCCCAUGAAGCAACAUAAGAUGAACCAACCUGGUAAAUCUCUUGGAGUGAUUGGUCUUGGCGGUCUGGGUCACAUGGCAGUGAAGUUUGGUAAGGCUUUUGGAUUGAAAGUCACUGUUUUAAGCACAUGCAUAUCGAAAAAGGAGGAAGCCUUGACUGUGCUCGGUGCAGACAAUUUUGUGAUUACAUCUUAUCAAGAGCAGAUGAAGGCUUUAUCCAAAUCACUUGACUUCAUAAUCGACACAGCAUCAGGCGAUCACCCAUUUGACCCAUACAUGUCUCUUUUGAAGACUGCUGGUGUUUUUGUUCUUGUUGGAUUCCCAAGUGAAGUGAAAUUCAGUCCUGCAAACCUUCUAAUUGUCUUCCAUUGA